AUGGCUCUCAUCCUGGCCCUCAUUUUGGCCGCUCCGGUCCAUGGACAGAGCGCGGACGAGGCCUUGGAGAAAGAGGCGCAAUCGAUAGAUCGCAUGAUCAUGUGCCCGGUAUGCCCUGCCGAAACCAUCGACCAGGCCCAGGUGGAAAUCUCUUUCCAGAUGAGGGCCGUAGUACGGGAGAUGCUUGCCGAGGGCAAGACGCGCGAGGAUAUCUUGGGUUAUUUCGUUGAUCGCUACGGUCCUGACAUUCUGGCAGCGCCCCCAAAGUCCGGGGCCAACCUGCUGGCCUGGAUUCUGCCCAUCGUCGGCGUCGCUGCCGGGCUGGCUGGCGUGUUCCUGAGACAGGCCGAGAGCAGGAAACUGACGAGCGGCCUCGAGGUACAACGGGCGGGCCAGAACGCCAACCGGAAAGCGGUACCGCGAAUGGGUGACCUGGGUGCAAUCAGCCUCUGGCUGGCCCUGGCCCUGGCGGCCUACUCAUCCGUCGGCUCCGUGGCUGGGAAGAUGCGUGGGUCGGCGGCACUUGCGGAAAGUGCCCAGGCCGCGAUGUACGCCACAAUGGUCGUUCUGUUCGUUUCCACCCUCAGCCUGGUCGUGGCCUUCAUUGGCAGGGACUUUGAGAUCGCCUAUGUCGCGAGACACAGCGACCUGGCGAUGCCCGACAAGUUCACGUGGGUGGCCUUUUACGCCGGGAACGAGGGGUCGCUGCUGUACAUCGCAAUGGUGCUGUCCGCGAUGGCUGCGAUAGCCGUAUGGCGAGCGCCUGAGAAGGUGCGGGACGCACUGCCCUAUACCACCGGCGUGAUGAUGCUCGUCCUGACGUUUUUCCUUGCCGUGACCGCCGUUAUGGCCAAUCCGUUCGAGAAACUGCCAUUCGUGCCAGCCGACGGCGAAGGCAUCAACCCACUGCUGACCCACUUCGGUAUGUUCUUUCACCCUCCGGCCCUGAUGGCGGGUCUGGUGGGAAUCACCAUACCUUUUUCCUUCGCCCUUGGAUCGUUGCUGGCCCGCAAGACGGGAGAUGAAUGGGUCGACCCCGGGCGGGUGUGGGGCAUCUUUACCUGGGCACUGCUGGCAUCCGGCUUGUUACUCGGCUCGUGGUGGGCAUACACCAUCCUGGGCUGGGGCGGCUACUGGUUCUGGGACCCCGUGGAAAAUGCCGCAUUCAUGCCAUGGCUGGCCCUGACCGCGUUUAUCCACUCCAUCAUGGUGCAGAAGCGGCGUGGAAUGUUCCGGAUGUGGAAUAUCGCCCUGAUAAACAUCGCCUUCGGACUGGCACUGUAUGGAAUGUUCAUGAACCGGGGUGGGUCGGUCCCAUCAGUGCACUCCUUCGGUGCGUCCAGUCUGGGUUGGGUAUUCCUGUUAUUCCUGGCGGUCGGCGUAAUCGUGCCCUUCGUGGUUUUCUUCUGGCGCUACCCGCUCCUAAAAAGCGCGCAGAACCUUGACUCCAUGCUGUCGCGGGAGGCAGCUUUCCUGGUCAACAACCUUCUGCUGUUGGCGAUAGCCUUUGUGACCCUUUGGGGCACUGUUUAUCCGCUCAUAUCCCGCCUGACCAGCGGCGAGGAGAUAACUGUAGCCAGACCCUUCUACGACCAGGUAAACGGGCCGUUGAUGCUGGGUCUGUUGUUCCUGAUGGGCAUUGGGCCGAUGCUGCCAUGGCGCCGGGCCAACUGGGCCAGCAUUCGCCGUGCCCUGGCGGUACCGGCGGGCGUGGCCGUGAUUGCUGUCGUUGUCCUGCUGGCAGUAGGACUGCGCAAGGAAUACGCCCUGGUCGCCUAUGGGCUGGCCGCAUUCGUGGCCACGGGAAUACUUAUGGAAUGGUUCCGGGGAGCCAGGGCCAGGGCUCGUGCCCUUUCGUCCGGCGACCGCAGCGUGGCCAGGCACAUCCAGGAGCACGCGUCGGCUUUCGUUCAGCUCAUAUGGGCCAACCGCCCGCGCUAUGGCGGCUACAUCGUGCACCUGUCCGUGCUUAUGGUGGCACUGGGGAUUGUGGGGACAUCGUUCUUCAGCUCUCAGAAAGACGUGGUCCUAUCCCCAGGAGAGACGGCUACAAUAGAGAACUACGAAAUCAGGUACAUGGGCACAACGCUGAUCCCCUUUGGCAAUCGCACCGAGUACAUUUCGUCGGUGGAAGUGUACAGGGACGGGGAGAUGCUCGAUACCUUCAGCCCCAACCGGGCCUUUUACCCAAGCUUCAACAUGGCCUCCACUCGUGCUGCCAUUCGUUCUACACCGGUCGAGGACUUCUACGUGGUGCCCAGCGAGAACCUGCCGGACGGUGACGUGGGCUUCCGUCUCCUCGUGAAUCCGCUGAUCUGGUGGAUGUGGGUGGCCGGUCCAGUGAUGGUACUGGGAACAAUUAUCGCCCUGUGGCCGGAACCCUCCCGUUUACCGGCCCGGGUUCCUUCAGGCGUAACGGCCGCUGCAUCCCUGGGCCGAUGA